AUGGCCCCCCACGAAGGCCUUGUCCACCCAAAAGAAUAUGACAUCAAAGACAGCAACGUGGAGCUAAUCGGCAGCGACCUGGACCACCGCGUGAAGUACAACUCAGCCCUCACCGAACCCGCCUGGCAAAACAUCGGCCAAGCACCGGGCCUCGCAAUCUGGCGCAUCGAAAACUUCCAAUUCUACGACGGAGACAGCUUCAUCGUGUUACACACCUACAAAGUCGGCGACAACAAGCUGGGCCAUGAUAUCUUCUUCUGGCUCGGCAGCAAAACAACCCAGGAUGAAGCAGGUGUUGCGGCAUACAAGACCGUCGAGCUGGAUGAGUUCCUGCAAGGCGCUGCGACACAACACCGCGAGGUGCAGCAGCAUCCCUCGGACGAGUUCCUUGCUUUGUUCCGGAACUACGCGAUCCGAGCUGGUGGUGUGCGCUCCGGGUUUACGCAUGUUGAGCCCGAGGAGCGUGUCGAGGUGACUACGCUACUGCGUGUCUUCAAACAUCCUGGUAUUGCCCGUGUUGACUCGCUAAUUGUGCAUGAGGUCGAGCCUACGUGGAAGAGUCUCGAUGAGAGUGAUGUCUUUGUUUUGGAUAAGGGGAAUAAGAUCUGGGUUUGGCAGGGGAAGAAGUGUAGCCCGAUGGAGAAGGCGAAGGCGGCGCAGGUGGUUAAUGAUAUGACGCAGGCGAAGCAUGUUGAUGUUGAGGUUCUGUCACAACUUGAGUCGAGGUCGAGGAUCUUUGUUGACUUGCUCGGUGGAAAGGAUGUCGCUCCGUCUACACUGGAGGCGGCUAGACCUGGACGGUUUGCGAGGAGGGGUGCUGAUGAAAGUGCCCGCUCGCGCAAGCUUUUCAGACUCAGCGAUGCCUCUGGAAACUUGUCGUUUGAUCUUGUGAAGGAUGGCGGGCGGGUUGGUCGGUCUGACCUGGAUGGGAAUGAUGUUUUCCUUUAUGAUUCGGGUAACAGAGUCUGGGUUUGGCAGGGGGCUGGAGCUAGUGCCAGUGAGAAGGCCAUGUGGCUCAAGGUUGCCCAGUUCUAUGUCCGGAAGAUUCAGGAGAGCCAGGAAUCUUCUGAGGCAUAUCUCACGCCCAUUUCGAAGGUUGCGCAAGGCCAUGAGAGCCCUGCAUUCUUGAAGGCUUUGGAGGUUUAA